GGUGGGUCGGUCAGUCGGUGGAGGCCAAAGCUUGGUCCUCAGUGAGGCGUGCUCGGUACGUGUUUUAAUGUGGAAUGUGACUCGGACAAGUAAAAAAAAAAGAAGCCAAAAAUGGAAAAUAGAAAUGGGCGAUUCAUUCAUAGCUCUCAUAAGGAAAAAAAGAAUAACGAAGAAAGGAAAAAGAGUCGUUGAUGGAUUCCUUCUUUUGUGUAACUUUAAGCAUGGAAGGAAUAACAACGAGGGUGAAGGGUGAAGGGUGAAGGGUGAAGGAGCUUUUUCUCGUUCACUGCAACUGCCACAGAUUGUGGAUGCCAAAUUGCCAAUACAAUUGGUCUUCGGGCACGGCUUUGUUGUGUGUUUGCAGGUUCUUUGGCUUGUUCAUAAUUGGAAAUAGCUGAAAAUGGGAAGGUCGGUGUUGGAACUGUGGUUGCUGUGGUCGGUGGUGAUGCGAGUCAUGAUCGCCCUACCAAUUGCGUACAGCGCUUCGUCUACUUCUUCUCAAGAGGCUCUUCUUGUUUCUCGAAUUGCCUUUGGAUCAUGCGCCAACCAAAGCGCUCCUCAGCCCAUAUGGAAUGCAAUAAUUGAUUUUGAUCCUCAAAUUUUUAUUUGGUUGGGUGACAACAUCUAUGGGGAUGUUAGGCGCCCUUUCAAAUUAUUUGGAAAAGAAAGGACUAUUGGGCCAUGGAAGAAUGUUCCCAGGUUUAUUCCUUCCUCAGAGCGGGAAAUGCAGUCCAGAUAUAAGAAAACUAAGACAAAUCCUGGUUAUUCUCGUCUUCUAGAGAAUACUAAGGUGAUUGGUACAUGGGAUGACCAUGACUAUGGGUUAAAUGAUGCUGGAAAAGAAUUUAAUGGGAAGAUCACUAGCCAAAGGCUUCUCCUGGAUUUCUUAGAUGAACCUCAAGAUAGUCCACGGCGCAAGCAGGCUGGUGUUUAUACAUCAUACACAUUUGGUCCUGUCGAUAGGCAGAUUAAGGUUAUUCUUUUAGAUACUAGAUACCAUAGAGAUCCACUGUUCAGUGACGGAAGCAUAUUGGGGAGCUCACAAUGGACAUGGUUAGAAAGUGAGUUGAAGGGCCCUGCAUCAGCCCUUACCAUAAUCGGAUCCUCUAUUCAGGUUAUUUCAAAUCUUUCAGCAAUAACCGGUCCAAUAUUUUAUUUAGAGUGUUGGGGACGGUUUCCAAAGGAGAGAGAACGCCUUUUUAAAUUGAUAGCAGAUAGCAAGAGAGAUGGGGUCUUCUUCAUAAGUGGAGAUGUUCAUUUUGGAGAAAUUACCAGGUAUGACUGUGCCACUGGAUAUCCAUUGUUUGACAUAACAGCUAGUGGGAUUACCCAAGCUGUUGAGAAGGCAGUCCCACCACCAUUAAAUUUCAUAGUCAGAUUUGUGGCAUGGUUAGCACCAACUACAAUGAGAGUUAUGGGCCAACACUGCAGACGCAAAUCAUGCACAUAUGGCCAGCCAAAUUUUGGAGCAAUCGAGAUAGAUUGGGAUGCAACUCCAGUCACAGUGAAAAUGGAAGUAAGAGAUGUGAAUGGAUUUCCAGUGCUAAGUGUAAAUACCUCAUUAUUGGAACUGCAAGCCCAAAGCGUAGGAGCUUUGUACAGCAUUAAACCUGGAGAAUAUAGGAAGCACUGCUCUCUUGAAGUCACUCUACCAUGGAUUGUUAGACACCGCCUGGCUAUUCUAUUCUUCUGUGCUUUAGCUAUGUUGCUUCUCACCUUGGCUGGGCUCACUUUCACUGCUAUAUCAGUUAUUAGACGAUGCCUCUGCAAAGACAAGCUUGAUUAACAAAGUGAGUGAUGAUAAUAUUAUAAUUCAGCAUAGAUUUUCUGCUGCUGAACCAGUUCUUGAAUUACUAAUUUUAAAAAUGUAUUAGCAUCAAAGAUUCCUUGAGGUCUUUUAUAUGCACUGUCUGAAUUAUCAUUAUCAGUGUCCAGAUUUUAGAUUUGCUUCUAUGUUCGUUGAUAUGAUCUAUUUUAUUGUUGUUCAAAGGAGAGAAUGAAAACAUUCUUUUUGCUGCCACAAGCAAAAGCUAUCAUCCCAGAUAAAAUUAGAGGGUGACCCUGAUGCAAGUAAAACCAAUUUGCACAACUGCAAGAUAAUUUGAAUCUCUGCCAGGAGCUAAGUAUAGAGAACAAAAACCAAUGUAUGAUGCAAGUGCCAGGGGAAAAGUUUUGUUAGAUAAAAAGUGUUUCCCUGUCUGGGGUUAUGGCUCUGUCCUAGUAGGAGAUUCACAGUGCUUCUUGUAAAAAUAAGAAGAUUAUUUGAAUACUUAUUCUUUGUAUUAUUGAAAUUGACGGAUAUGAUUGCAUGUUGGGUAGGCUUC